GCGGUUGCCGUUGAGGCCGAUCUUUGCCAUGCCUACCCGAAGCCAUCAAGAACAUGGGAAGUGCAAAACGCAGUUGCCAUUGGCUCUGCCCUGCUCGUCCCCGUGGUCGGGUUGAGAAUAUACUCCAGGAAGAGACAUGGAGGAAGGCUCUGGCGAGAUGACUAUGCAGCACUCGCGAGCAUGGCUCUCCUGGUGGUAUUAGCAGGCAUCGAUCUUCAUAUCGCCCAGCUGGGCUUUGGAAUGCACUAUUGGACAAUUCCAAUCGGAAACGGAGAUUCGAUCCUCAAGUUUUUCUAUAUUGGGUCAAUCGUCUACAUCGCUCUCCAGACCAUCAGCAAAAUGUCGUUCUUGCUUCUCCUCGGUCAGGUCUUCCCCGGCCGACGGAUGCAAAAAUGCGUACAGCUUCUAUACGUCGUCCUCGCCUCUCAUGGCUGCAUCUACUCAAUGCUCUUUGCGCUCCAAUGCCUUCCGGUGGAGUCAAUCUGGGACCGCCAUAUCACCAGCUCCAAAUGCCUGGAUAUCGUCGCCAUAGCUUACAGCAACGGAGCAUUAAGUAUACUGGAAGACAUCGCCAUACUAAUUCUGCCCUUUCCAGAGGUUUGGCGCCUCAACAUGGAUCGUCGACAUCGCGUAGCAUUACUUUUGCUAUUCAGUGUUGGCUUGUUCGCGUGUAUUACUUCAAUGAUCCGCAUGAACUUCGUGGUUCAGUAUACCGUGACGCUGGAUUCCACAUGGGACAAUGUGGAUAUAGUCAUCUGGUCCUUCGUUGAGCAGAUAGCCAUGGUUUUCGGUGCUAGCUUACCGGCGCUCCGGCAGCUUCUCGGCCCCUUCUUGGCAAACAAGGCCAAGAGUUCGAGCUUGCCUGCAGGUGGCAUAACGGUCACUCAGGACGUGGUUAUUAAGCAUGAGCCAAAUGUUGAUCGAGACACGCGAUAUCAGGAAACAUGGUGGCGUUAG